AUGAGAGGGAUCCUGUUUCUUCUCUUUGUGGCCAUGGCCACCGCUAAGGUGUAUGAUCAAUGUGACUGGGCCAGGGUGCUGAAUAAUAAUAGGAUGGAUGGACACUACGACAUCAGCCUGGUCAAGUGGAUGUGCCUCACAAAGUGGAAAUCGGACUACAACACCACGGCCAUCACCCGCAACAGCUCCACAGACUACGGCAUGUUAGGGAGAAACAGCCGCCACUGGUGUGAGGAUUACAAAACACCGGGGGGCUUAAACAUCUGUGGCAUCCAAUGUAGUGAGCUCCUGACAGAUGAUGUCAGCGCUGCCAUCGGCUGUGCAAAGCUUAUGGUUCUGAAUCCUCUAAGCUCUAGGAGACGGGAGGCUUGGCAUCGUCAUUGUCAGAAUUAG